GCUUUUCGCCCUUGUCUUCAUCUAUUCCAUGGAGCCCUCCUUGCCCUCCCAUUCCUCCAAAUCGUUUCCCUUCCCCCUUCCUUCGAGUUCGAGGGCUAGGGCUUUCCCCGCUCUCUCGGACACCGAGCCCUUCUUUUCCUUCUCUUCUCUGCCAAACCCUAACCCUAUCCGUCGCUCCUUCUCCGACGUCUCUGCCUCUGCCCCCGUGGAUUAUGGAUAUCGAGCAGCCGAGGACCGCGAUCCCUUGCUCUUCUUUUCCUCCUCCUCCGCCUCCACCACCACGAAUAGCUAUUUCACGGAGCAGGCAUUGCGCGCGGGCUACAUUGACGUUGGGGGAGACAUCAGACGGGGCGAUUUUACGCAGCCGAUCACGUCCAGAGAAGCCCUACAGCGAGAGCUCGAGAAGGAGCGGAUUCGAGAGGAGCUCAUCGCGAGAGAUAUCGCUCGAAGGAGAAUACUGGAGGAAGAAGUGAGGAGGGAGUUGGAGCUCGAGCGCGCGAUGGCGACGAGACGGCUUCAACUGGAGGAUUACUCCUCGGUGCCGGAGGCCAUGGCGCAGCACCCUGAGGCGGGUUUAGAGCAUGGAAUGCAGUUUGGUCCAGCAGCUAGAAUUGCGGACAGGUUUGGGGCCCCUCGGGUGCCUACAUAUCCAGAAGAUAGGGUUCAUGAGUGGUCAUCUCCUCCACCACAUCAUCCCGAACCAGUGAUGGGAAGAAAACUGCCCCUGCCUCAGCAACAGCCUGAGGUGUCGCCCUUUAGAAAGCUUCAUUCACUACAUGAUAUACCAUCUGUGAUGCAUGGGAUCAGACUUGCAUUCCUUUUGCAGAUUACACCAGCAAAGCCAAACCUUUCUGGGAUGAAGAGGAAAUCAGUGGCUGUUACAGGAGGCCAUGAACAUCCUAGGCCACCCAAGAAGGAAUGGAGUUGUGCUCUUUGUCAGGUGAGUGCCACCAGCAAGCAGGGCCUGGAUGAACACCUCGAAGGCAAAAAACACAAAGCCAAUCUAGAAACACUAGUUGAAGGCAAGAAGCCCAAAGCCACAGAAGCACAACUUCAUGCCAAGAAAAUCAUAAAGACCAAGAAAGCUGUAGGCUCGACAUCUGUGACGAAGGUAACUGGCAAGUCAUUGCCAACAGAGGGUGCAUCAACCAAUGGGCCUGUGAAGAAUCAAAGAGAAGACAAGAAGCAGCAGACAGUUCAGCAGAAGAGGUACUGCUGUGACCUUUGCAAGGUGAAAUGCAACAGUGAGGUCAUGUUGGCCUCUCACCUACGUGGGAAGAAGCAUAUAGCCCAGCUUGAGGGGUCGAAAAAGGAUGGCAAACCUGUGAUGCCGGCCAGUGCGGGAAAGAAGGUAAAAGCAAAUCAAAGAGCGAAGAGAGAGGAGCCAGAGAACACCGAGUUUGCUGAAGUAGCAAAGCUCUUUGAUUGAAAGAACAAGGGUAGCUGAUUUUGUCUGUGAACGCCAAAAGGAUGGUAAGGGGGAAAACCUAAUUUAAGUAGGGUAUUGAGUUCGUUGGACUUGCUGGCAUAGGUAAGAUGCAAGUGCCCAGCCUUGAUGGCACUGUUGAGAAUCGGUAUUGGCCUUUGGUGAAUAAUGUUAGGUUGGGAACUAUGUCUUUCAUAAUUUUAUCUGGCAAGUUAGGUGAUGAUGUUUUGGUGAAAGCAUGUGAUGAAAUUUAAUUGUACCUUUGAAUUUACAAGCUUCAAAUGCCUCUGCCAAAUGAGAAUGUGCUGCUGUAUGACUAAUAUUAAUCAAGAUUGCAUUCUU